AUGGACUUAAAACUUAAGAAAUUUCUUAUCUUCAUGAGUUUAGAAAAAGGAGGUUCAAUUAUUGGAUGGUUCACCAUGAUGUUUGGUGUACUUUUAGGAAUGUAUUCAAUAAGACUCAUUAUAUUAUCCACAAUAUACUAUAUUGACACUUAUGACACAAGAGUGACAGAUCCCGAAGUGAUUUCUACUGAAAGAAUGAUAGCAUUAACUACUAUUGUAUUAGCCUCCAUUUACUUUGUUUACUCAAUUGCAUCUAUAGCUGCUGGUUCUCUUUUAAUGGAUUCUGUCAAGAAAAGCACAAACAAGCAUAUGAAGUUAGUCAUGGUUAUACUUGCUAUUGGAAUAUUCUUUUCUGCAAUUCAAAUAAUAAUUUCCUUUGUUGGAAUUGUUGGCAUUGGUGUUUUUGCGAUUGGCGGGAUUAUUGUUGGAAUAAUCAUUUUAUGCUUACACACUUAUGCCAUUAUUUGCGUACAUUCCCUUAAUGAUCUUUUCAAAAAUGAAGAAUUGGGUCGAAUGCAAAUCAACCAUGUUCAAUUUCAGCAACCUAAUACUUUUCAACAACAUCCAUCGACACCUCAACUCAGCUCAUCACAACAACCAGAGUUUCAAGGAAAAUAA